GAAUGUUAUGGUUCAAUUUUGACUCAACACAUUUCCUGUUUUUACAGUGGGAGGCGCCGUGUGUAAAGGGCGUACAGUCGUAACAUCACAUGACAGCACAGAUAGCAGGAAAACACAAUCCACAAGGAAUCCCAGACUACGAGCAAGAUGGUUCCAGUGUUGAUGUUACUCAUGGCAGCUCUUGUAGCUGCAGAUGAGCCAAUGAUGGAACUCUCAGAUGCAGUAGAGUCAGUAGAUAGUGCCUCUGUCUCUGUGGUUUACUGUGAUGCUGCUACUGUGUGUCCUGAUGGAACAACAUGCUGUCUGAGUCCUUAUGGAGUGUGGUACUGCUGUCCAUUCUCAAUGGGUCAGUGCUGCAGAGAUGGAGUUCAUUGCUGCCGUCAUGGUUAUCACUGCGAUUCGACAUCGACCCAUUGUUUGAGGGGGUGGAUGAGAUUGUCAUCUUCUCCUCUGCCAGCCUCCAAAGCUAUCCAGAAAACUCAGGAUCUUGAAAGGCAGACCGAGACUGAGAUUGUUCAUUGUGAGGGAAAUGUCUACUGCCCAGCUGAGAAGUUCUGCUGCAAGACAGCGACUGGCCAGUGGGGGUGCUGCAGCGGGAUGGUGUUGUAAGUGAACAAUCCCUGUGAACCUCUUAUCAAAGACUGUCAAAGUGCUUUCAAACUUUACUGUUACUCUUGAGGGAAUAGAUUAUUCCUACAUCCAAGCUGAAUUAAUGUGAAAUAAAAACUGAUUGCAGUAAAAUCGCACUGUCAUUUAAUAAACGAUUUUGUUUUUGAAGAAA